GCGUUGAUUGCAAGCUGAAAUUAUCCUUGCCCAUUAAACCUUUGAAAAUGUUAUACAGUUCUAACUAUAAUAUCAAUGGAAACGUGUUGUACGUGGACUGUACAUAGACUCAAUCUUUUCCUAUAGCUAUAAAAUCCAUUCAUUUUCAUCUUUUAGAAGCAUCUCUCUCAUCCAGCUUUCUUCUUAGUAUCGAGCUACAUAUUUCACAGCCAUGUUGCCAAGAAGUAGAACCCUUCCUAGCAGAAUCCACCAAGGAAUUAUAGAAGAGAGGCACGAUGUCAGGCCCUACGUACAAGUAGAAGUGCGACCCAAUAAUAUCCAAACGGAGACCCAAGCGAUGAAUAUCCAGUCUAACUAUUCCAAGUGCUUCGAUGAUGAUGGUCGCUUGAAGAGAACAGGAACAUUUUGGACGGCAACUGCUCAUAUCAUCACUGCUGUGAUAGGGUCGGGAGUCCUUUCACUAGCAUGGGCGGUUGCUCAGCUUGGUUGGGUUGCUGGACCUGUUGUCAUGUUUCUCUUUGCCGUCGUCAAUCUCUACACUUCCAACCUAUUAACACAGUGUUACAGGACCGGUGACUCCGUUAAUGGGCACAGAAAUUACACCUACAUGGAGGCUGUCAAGUCCAUCUUGGGAGGAAAAAAGGUCAAGUUAUGUGGCCUCAUCCAAUAUAUCAAUCUGUUUGGAGUUGCAAUCGGGUACACCAUUGCUGCCUCUGUCAGUAUGAUGGCCAUAAAAAGGUCGAAUUGCUAUCACAGCAGUCAUGGAAAAGAUCCCUGCCACAUGUCAAGCAAUGGGUAUAUGAUAACAUUUGGAAUAGCAGAAGUGAUAUUUUCCCAAAUCCCAGACUUUGAUCAGGUGUGGUGGCUAUCCAUAGUUGCAGCUAUCAUGUCCUUCACUUAUUCUUCAGUUGGAUUGAGUCUUGGAGUGGCCAAAGUAGCAGAAAAUAAAACUUUCAAAGGAAGCCUGAUGGGAAUUAGCAUUGGCACAGUAACACAAGCCGGAACAGUCACCAGCACACAGAAAAUAUGGAGGAGUUUACAAGCUCUUGGGGCAAUGGCCUUUGCAUACUCCUUUUCCAUUAUCCUCAUCGAAAUUCAGGACACCAUAAAAUCUCCUCCUGCAGAGCACAAGACCAUGAGAAAGGCCACAACAUUGAGCAUCGCGGUUACCACAGUGUUCUAUUUACUCUGUGGAUGCAUGGGUUAUGCAGCCUUCGGAGAUAAUGCACCUGGAAAUCUCUUGACUGGUUUUGGGUUCUAUAACCCUUAUUGGCUUCUGGACAUUGCCAACCUUGCAAUUGUUAUCCACCUAGUUGGGGCAUAUCAGGUUUUUUCCCAGCCCUUAUUUGCAUUUGUGGAAAAAUGGAGUGUACGCAAAUGGCCAAAGAGCAAUUUUGUCACGGCAGAAUAUGAUAUACCGAUUCCCUGCUUUGGUGUGUACCAACUCAACUUCUUCCGCUUAGUAUGGAGAACCAUUUUUGUGCUGUUGACGACCCUCAUAGCCAUGCUCAUGCCUUUUUUCAACGAUGUGGUUGGAAUACUUGGCGCUUUUGGGUUCUGGCCCUUAACAGUUUAUUUCCCUAUCGACAUGUAUAUUUCGCAAAAGAAGAUUGGACGAUGGACUAGUCGGUGGAUUGGACUUCAAUUACUUAGUGUCAGUUGCCUCAUCAUUUCAUUGUUAGCUGCAGUUGGUUCCAUGGCAGGGGUUGUUUUGGACCUCAAGACUUAUAAGCCAUUUAAAACUAGUUAUUAAGUGAGAUUUAAAGAAGGUCGUAGAAAUAGAAGUGUUUAAGCUUGAUGAUAUUAUAGAAAACUAAUGAUAAGUUGGUUUGUGAAAUUUAAGUAUAUACGCUCCAUGCCGCUGCUGUUAGAGCAAUUGAUUUGAGAAGAAGAAAAAAAUGAUAAUUGGACAUAACAUACCUCAGAAUUUGGACGUAUACGUGUCUGUGUAACUGCUAUAUUGAAGUCAAUUGUAAGGAAUAAAAGUCUUUGAACGUGUUAUUUCUUUAGUCAUAGUACUUUUUUCUUCUCCUCA